GCAUUUGCAUGGUUCUUUUGUAUUACCAACCUUCCGUGUCAUUAAGUCAGUUUGAUCGUAACACCCAUCUGUAUGCGUAAGAUGAUAAUGUAACAACAUGUUUACAAUUUCCGAGCCUUAAGUAGGAACCAGUGGAGAGCACUGGAAGGCAGCACCAGUAUCGAUCAUUGCACUUCCCCUCCAGCAUCCCCACACGACACAGGGGUUCGCAGGCGACUGUAUCACUGUGUGCGUGUGUGUGAGAGACUGAAAAGCACCAGACAUCAUGACCAUUAGAAACGCUAUCCGGGAUCAUGGACAGAGAUAUCGACCACGGAUGGCUUGUCUCAAAAAGGCGGAGAAGGUGCUACUGGAGAUGCAGGACCCCAAAACAGGAGUCAAGUCGCAGCCUCAGAGACUAGUCAUCACAACAAUACCACACGCUAUAUCUGGUGAAGACAUAAUUGCAUGGUUAGCAGACAGAUUUCAGAUAGACUCACAAGAGGCGAGGAACUUAGGCUCCAUGCUGGUGGCCUUAGGAUACAUCUACCCUCUACAAGACCACAAACGCUUAGUGAUCAAACCAGAUGCAUCUCUCUAUCGCUUCCAGACACCAUACUUCUGGCCCACACAGCAGUGGCCUGUUGAGGAUACAGAUUAUGCAAUCUACCUGGCGAAAAGAAACAUACGGAAGAAGGGAAUCCUGGAGCUGCACGAGCAGGAGCAGUACAACCGUCUUCACAAGUGGAUGAAUCAUAAAUGGGAUUUCAUAGUGAUGCAAGCUAAAGAACAGUACAGAGCUGCAAAGGAGAGGAAGAAACCGGACCGUGUGGUUUUUGACUGCCAGGAGAGAGCCUACUGGGUGGUUCACAGGCCUCCACCAGGGACAGUGAGUGCCAUGGACUACGGACUGGAACGACGAAUAGACCCUAAUGCAGACGAGACAAAAACACCUGACUUCUACGAGAGAAUUAUGAUCUUUACCCAGCAGUCUAUCAUGAGGCCCAGAGUCAAGUCAUCAGUGUCCAUUGGAGCAUUGGUCAAAUACUGCGCCACCUAUAACAGCCACGACCCUUUCCUCUCCAAGUGUCUUCCCAGUAACCCUUGGCUCACUGAUGACGUCACAUACUGGACCUUGAACAUGCCCAAUGUGGAAAUACCAACUAAAAUGCGUGUGGAGAGGUGGACGUUCAGCUUCAGAGAGCUGCUCUCAGACCCACGAGGACGAGAUGAUUUCAGACUCUUCCUGAAGAAAGAAUUCAGUGGUGAGAACUUGGCGUUCUGGGAAGGCUGCGAGGAUCUGAAGUGGGGCACAGCUGCAACGAUGAGGGAGAAAGCGGAGCAUAUCUACAAGACCUUCCUGGCUCGUGGUGCGCCACGAUGGAUCAACAUCGAUGGAAAGACAAUGGAAAUCACAGUGAAAGGCCUGAAACACCCACACAGAUACGUCCUGGAAGCAGCUCAAACUCACAUCUACAUGCUCAUGAAGAAGGACUCAUUCGGGCGGUACAUGAAAUCUCCAGUCUUUAAGGAUACGCUGAAGAAGGCCAUAGCUCCUGAGGAGCACAAGUUCACUGAUGCCCAGUUGGAGCAGAACGCAAAGAACAGACGGCCCAGUCUCAGCCCCAUCAUCCUCCGGCAGCAGGAGCUGGAGCAGAAGGCCAAGAUGGCGGCAAGCGCCCCUGUUGACAUCACACAGCUGUGCCGCUUCACCACUCCUGUCCCCCACCUCGCUGUCUACUCUGGCAUCACUGACUCCCCCUCUGCCAACGCCUCGCCCUCUCUCCCUUUCUUGGCCCACUCCCCAGCCUGUCCGUCCCCCAUCAGCGUGGCCUUAGACAGCACCUCGGCCUCCGAGCGGCGAGUGGAGGCCAGUGAGGGGGAAGGAGAGGGGAACCCAGAGGCCCAAACCCCAGUGGGUGGGAACGUGCCCAAGUCUCGCAUGGCUCUCUCACUGCGCCGUCUGCUGAAGCGGGGCUGCACCCCCUCCACCAUGUUUGCGAGCUUGUCGCCUAAAUGCCACUCAGUUGCCGGGACGAGUAGCCGCAUCCAGCCGUUCAGCCCGGAUCAACCCAGUCAGGCACCACCCAGACGCAUUGGCAAUUUUUUCCAGAUAAAAGUGGAUAUUCCUCCAGAGUGCCGUAUCUACCCCAUUGAGUCUGAGGAUGAGGAGGAGGAGAACAGGCCCGCCUCUCGGGGAGGAAUAGGAGCCAAAGAGAUCAUCUGCCCCUGGGAGAGCCUCACUCCACAGAACGGGAUGGGCUAAUUGGAUGGAUUUACACAGGCAUAAAAAAUUGAGUUUUUAAAAUCUGUAUGAUGCAAUGUGUCUGUAUGAACAGGCUGGCAGCAGAUUUCCCCUGUGUUCUGACAGAGAUAAAAGAUCUCACACAGAACAUAAAGGGUAAAAUCUCAGAGUUUAUCAUCCUUGUGUAAAUGUGGUCAUAUUCUCACCACCAGGCCACAAACUACAACAUCAAUACCAAACAAUGAAAGGACUGACACAAAAAUGCCAACGUGAGACACUGUAGAGAUGGCUCUACAAUAGACUGAGCAUCUUAACUUACUAUGUCCGAUGUUUGAGUAUCAAACAUUGACUGCCUGUGGGCUUUAAAGGACCCACUUUCAUGUCUGCUGCAGCAUAAUCGUCUCCUCCACUGCCCACACUCAGUUUUUUCAAAACAAACACUCACUUUUUUGCACAUAUUAAUGCAGGACCAUCACUAAAGGACAGAACUACAGAGGUCGUGAGUCCUAGUUCUUCCAGUGCAACCCCUCACCUCUAAGAAAUGAUUGACUAUCCACCAAAGGAAACUGUACCAUUUCUGAUUUUUUAGCAUUCCAUUAACUUUUCAUAAUAUUUUCUUGGAAUUUGAUCUGCUUACGAUGGCCUAUGGGCUGUUUUAAAACUUUCUUCAAUUUAAUUCUGGAGAAGAAAAACUCACUGUGAGUAAUUUUACAAUGCAAACCCCUCCUCAGGUUUUUAAAAUGCCCCAAAUUUCCCAAGGAAAAUACUGAGGGCGCAACAUCGGCGGUAAUCAGAGAUUAUAUUGACCCACAUUUUGGCAUAUUUUAGCAAAGGUGUGAUUGUUGGAACAAACUUAGACUUACAAGCCUGCAGGCAGUGAAAUGUUUGAUAUUUAAAAUAUAUAUUUUUGGUGGUGUAUUCCUUUAACUACAGCCUUAUUGUUACCAACCUUUACUGAUGUGAGCACCAGCUGAGCCAGCUGUUUUGUUUUGUCAAGGUUUAGUUUUGUCAGGCCCAAGAAGAGGACAACAGGGUGUAUGAACAUCCAAGAGCUUCAAAACCUGAGCUGUAGCUUUCACAUUCAAACCUCAUAUCUAUUUCUGAACAGUAGCCCAACAGCAGCCUUAUCCACCUUCACACACCUGAAAUGUUUUUCUGUUUUUUUUUUUGUUUUGUUUUUUUUUGGCCUCGGGCAUUUCUAGAAAGCAGGCAUAUACACAGACAUUAUUGAGAACUUGAACUAAAUUUGAACAAAGUUAUUUUUGUGAUUGCCAAGGAGCACGAGUAAAACUGACAACCAUCAAGCUGUUAUACAAAAGAAAAACAUUAAUGUUUACAUCCUAGAGUGUGACAAGCUGAAGCAGACAGACAUGUAUAAUCUUUGCCGGUGCACAUGCCUGCUAAAAUAUAGAUAAUGUAUUUAUAUAUUUACUGAAUAAUGAUCAGUUUCUGAAGUAGAGAAGUGUUCUUGUGCCGCUAAAUAGACUUAGAUGCCUCAUCCCUGAUUUACUGACCUCUUACACACAUUAUGUGAAUUGACUGAAUAGAUGCAUUUCAGGUAAAAUGAGAGCACAUGAGCAGCUUGUCUACAUGUUGCUGUAUUUGCUGAUCCACUCCUGUCAGACAUGCACUCUUCACUAAUGAAGAGCCACUGUAAUGGGGGUAAUAGUUUUGUAUUUGGCUCCACUGCUGUUUUGUACACUGUGUAGCUGUUGUAUACCGUACACUACCCUGAGCGAGGUGUUGAUAUUUUUCUCGUGUCUCUCUGUUUAGAGGGGGGACGAUGGUACAAUGUGAAUUAACUGUCAGAAUGUAUUCUCUUUACCAUGUUUACAGAUGCAAGAAUGUGAAAAUACUUUAAAUUUAUUGUAUUUGUUUUGUACAUUCCAUGGCUUGUGUCAAGUGCCUCAAUAAAUG